CCAGUGAUUCAGCAACGUUUGAAUGUUAGUUGAUAAGAUGCGCAAAAGUAAGAUAAAUAGCGGAACAAGGCAUCAGGCCAAGCCAAAUAUUGAAGCACUCACACCGUCGAAGGUCUAGCCAGAGAUCGUAUAAAUACACCGAGUGCCAUCUGGUCAGCUAUCAAACGCUUUGCAGCCACACAACGGACAACAUGAGAAUCAGCUUCGUCGCACUUGCCGCUUGCGCCUGCUUGGCUCUGGCCGCUGCAGAUGUCUCGCAUCUGUCCAGCAGCUAUUUGCCGCCACCCAAGCCGGAGCAGGUGGAGCACAUGACCAUCGAGCAACACGAGCUGCGCGAACUGCCAGAGCAGGUGGACUAUAUGCGCGAGAAUGAGCAGGGCGCCAUGAAGAUUACGCCCAGCAGCCAGCUGACGCCACCAGCUAUGCCACAACAAGAUCAAAUGCUCCCAACGCGCUAUCUUCCGCCAGCUCAGCCCGCUAUGCCCACCAUGCCUGCCACGCGUUAUUUGCCCCCAGCUCAGCCCGAGACCGAGCCAAUGAUGCAGCCCGAAAUGAUGACAGAGCCAGCCAUGGAGUACACAGCCCCAGCUCAGACUCAGCCCCAGGCUGCACCCGCCAUGCGUUACCUGCCGCCCGCACAGCAGGCCGACCAGCCGCAGUACAUCUAUCAGCAAUAUCAGGAACAGGAUCAGCAAAUGCCCUACAUACUGGACGUGCAACAGCCCACGGCCCCAUCCGAUGCCGAGACUCUAGCCUUCGAGCCGCAGCCUGCUCACGAGCUGCGCCAGGAUGGCUAUCAUUACAAGCAGGCCGCACAGGAACAGCGUCUUAGGCAUUAAAUACUCGAAUCCCCAGCUGACUUACG